GGAGCAGGCCAUGGUGGAAGAGGAGCAGGCCAUGGUGGAAGAGGAGCAGGCCAGGGAGGAAGAGGAGCAGGCCAACAAGGGAGAGAAGGUCCAUGAGGGAGAGCAAGACAACCUCAUACCAUCAUUACAGACGAGAUGCGAGCAACAGUUAUUGACCAUAUCAUUGUCCAUGGCAUGACAAUGGCUGAAGCAGGACUAAGAGUCCGUCCAAACCUGAGUAGGUUCACCGUGGCCACCAUUAUCAGGGCAUUCAGACAACACAACAGAGUUGAAAGAAUGCCACAUAGAGGUGGGCGGGUUGCCAUAUUUACAGCGGCACAAGAAACCCCCAUUGUGGAUAUGGUUCGUGAGAACAACCUCAUCAGACUCCGGGAGAUCAGAGACAAAGUCAUUGACGAUAAUGUGAACUUUGAGGGCAUUGAUGAUGUCAGCUUGGCCACAAUAGACCGAGUUCUCUGGCGCCAAAAGAUGCGGAUGAAACAAGUCUAUAGGGUUCCCUUUGAGCGAAACUCUGCACGACACAAAGACCUACGUUACGAGUAUGUGCAAAGGAUAUUACAGUUGGACGCGAUGGCCAGAUCUCAUGAGUACCUCUUCCUGGAUGAGGCUGGCUUCAACCUGCACAAACGAAGGCAAAGAGGCCGUAACAUCAUUGGCCAAAGAGCCAUCACUGAGGUUCCUGGCCAACGGGGGGGUAAUAUUACUCUUUGGGCUAUGGGUUUGGAGGGGCUUGUCCACCGGCAGGCUGUCCUUGGGUCUUACAACACCCAACGUCUCCUAACCUUCCUAGAGGAGCUAAAAGAUAUCCUCCUGGACCGCCAACAACACCAUCCUGGGCCCGAACAUCCCAUUUAUGUGAUCAUUUGGGACAAUGUACGCUUCCACACAACAAACCAAAUCAGUGAGUGGUUCACCACCAACAGUAACCACUUUUUACGUAAACGCCUGUCUGCCACCCUACUCCCCUUUCCUGAACCCUAUAGAGGAGUUCUUCUCAUCGUGGAGAUGGAAGGUUUAUGACAGACAACCAUACACUAGAGAAAACCUCCUAUGUUGACAUCCCAGUGGAGAACUUCCAAGGAUGGAUCCGCCAUUCCAGGGCAUUUUUCCCACGGUGCCUGGCAAGAGACAAUAUAGCCUGUGAUGUGGAUGAGGUGAUGUGGCCUGAUGCAGCUCAGCGACAUGAUGCCGCACAGUGAUUGUGGUGUAAAUACUGUAAAAUGAAUAAAAAAAACUUCACACCCUGAUCAUGUUUUCAAGAGUACUGUUGUGUGCAAUAGAUUCUGCUUUUGCAGUGAGUUGUGUUACAGUAGUGUACAGAAUUUACUAUAGAUUUAUACCCUUCAUAUGAAACUAACAAAUCUAAAUGCCCAAUCCUCUGCAGAACUCUAAGAAGAUCCAGAAUUGUAAAGUUUCUAAAAAUAUACAUUGGCAGUAAAGAAACAAAGAACCUUCUCACAAAUUGAGCAUUGUGUUUUCAAUUGUUUUGCUGUAGUGUGUAAUAAUGUGUAUAGUGUUUACAUUUUUGGAAGCUUCGAGCUGCUCUUUGGGUGUGAAAGUUUUAGUUUUGAAGGGAGAAGGUGUGGUUGUGUUUAUGUAGCUUUAGAAAAGGGUGUUGUGUUUAGACAUUGGAGAACAUGGACGAAACGUUUGUGAAAUGUGUUUUAGCAUUUGAGAAAAACUGUAAGAUAAACUAUGGUUCUUAACUCAGAUAAAAUAUCAUUGCGUCAAAUAAUGUUUUGUUUUAUAUAGUUCCUUCGCUUCUUUUUAUCUUAAUUUUGCUUAGUAGUUUUAGUUAAGUUUCACUAGCCUAGUACAGAGGAUUUGUUGAUUGAAAUACAAUGUUUAUUCAGAUUAACAGCAUUUUAAAGUGAUGUUCUCUGCAUGUUUAUUUUAGUUUGGUUAAUAAAUUAUUUAACUUGAAGAGAAGUUGUCACUUAUUUAUUCCGUGUUUGUGCAGAGUUUGCUGUAAAAAGAGCGCCCGUGCUCCAAUCAUCCCUUUCAACUAUUUUCCUGAUAUCAG